AUGGAUGUAGAAGAGUUAGCAUCAAGAUGGGAAAAGUUGAAUCUAUCUAAGGAAGAGGAGACUAUUUUCCAUGUCAAGUCUGAAAGUGUCAAGGAGGGAAGCAUCCGGGGGAAGUACUGUAUUAAUGGAAAAGUUUUGUCUGACAAAGGAAUCAACAAUGAGGCAUUUAGGACUACUAUGUCACAAGUGUGGAGGCUAGAGGGAUGGGUGAGAUUCAAGGACUUAGGUGAUCAGAGAUUUUUAAUAGAGUUUCAAAGGUUGACAGAUAAGGAAAAAGUCCUAAGUGGUCGUCCAUGGUUUUUUGAUAGAAACCUAUUGAAUCUAUUGGAAGUGGAUGAAACUGUCUCCAUAGCUGGCCUACAAUUCAAAUUUGAACCUUUCUGGGUUCAACUUCAUAACAUGCCUCUGACAUCAAUGACAGAGGAAUUGGGUGAGGCUUUUGGUACUUCUAUUGGUCAUGUCAUUCGAGUGGAGGCUGAGUUUGAUGGCUUGGCUCGGGGAAAGUGCCUUCGAUUAAGGGUUGCUGUUGAUCUUCAUAAGCCAUUGUUAAGAGGGAAGUGGCUACAAUUUGAGGAAAACAUGUAUUGGUCAGAAUUUUUGUUUUCACUGUGGGGUUUUAUUCCACAAGGGGAGGGGAUGUACAAGACUAAGUGUGGAGCAUCAAGGUGA